AUAGGCGCCCAUUCUGGUGAACCUGUUCAUGGCUUCUGAACAGUGUAGUGCUUUACGCAGCAGUUGUUGCAGCUACGCUUUCUCUUGGAUAUUAUGCUGGUCGUGUCACAAACUUGGCCUCCAAGAAUAACCAUACAACAGGAAACUUGACCUCUAACGACAAUCCAGACGCAGAAAACAAAAUCCCGAGUAUUGGGGAUGGUGGUAUUUCUGGACUUGGCGUAGACCCUCUUGAUGAAUGCAAAAUGGUCCUUGUUGUGCGAACCGACUUGAACAUGUCUACAGGCAAAAUUGCCGCACAACAUGCGACUUUAGCAUGCUACAAGACGUUAUUAUCCUCAAAUCCGGCCGUAGUUCUUGAGGCAAUGGGAAAACAGCGGAUCAAAAUAGCGUUGAAAUGCUUCAGUGAAGAAGAGUUGUUAACGCUACAAGCGCAGGCUCAGAGUUUGAAUCUCUGUGCUCGCUCGAUCCAAGAUGCAGGGAGAACGCAGGUAGCAGCGGGGUCGAGGACUGUUCUUGGAAUAGCAGGUCCGGCCAAAUUAGUGAACAAAAUCACUGGAACACUACGACUCCUUUAGAAAACGGAGGACAACUACUCGGGGCAAGGUAAAAUAAACUGGAUUACAUAGCUACAUGCAGUACGAGAAUAUGUUGAAUAAAUACAGGCGGUGUACUUGGAUACUUGUUGACGUUCGUCCGACAUCAACUGAGGUGUAUAUACUAGUUGCUACGAUUUCUCGAACUUUAUCAACUCCCUUGCGAUUUUCUUGUUCUUUGCGAUAGUUCCUUGAAGGAACGGUUGAAUAAGUAAAUAGUCCUAUAGUCUGCUCGAAUCUUCGCAGGUCGACCUUCUGGCUGACAAUAGUUCUCUAUAAUAUAAUCUAAGAUGGCUUACACGGCCU